AUGGCAACAGAGGACAGAGAGAUGAUGGGAGCACACGGGGCAGGAGAAAGUUGCCCCACCCUCUCCAAGGUGGCACCUGGUGACAACAUGCCCGAAGGAAAGUCAAAGGCCUCUUUGGAUGCAGAACCCCUAAAGUUAGAACUGCCCAUCCUGGAAGAGAAUGAAACCUGUGAAGACAGAGAUUGCCCAGGGACCCCUAAGUCACUGUCCCCAAAGUCUGGCCAUACCACCAAGGGUCAGGCUGGCGACGGACCUGGACAGGAACCCAUGGAGCUGCCCCUGCCCCUGGAGACAGAACACCACAAUGCAAUGGAACUGGAGAAGGUGCGCAUGGAGUUUGAGCUGACACGCCUGAAGUAUCUACACCAGGAGAAUGAGCGGCAGAGGCACCACGAGGAGGUGAUGGAGCAGCUGCAGCAGCAGCAGCAGCAGGCUUUGCCUCGCCAGUUCUCGGGAGGCCUCCAGGACCUCUUGCUCCCCCAGAACCAGUUCGCCAUGUUCCUCUACUGCUUCAUCUUCAUCCACAUCAUCUACGUUGCCAAGGAGAUGGUCUUCUUCCUCUUCUCCAAGCACUACCUGUUCUGCCUCGCAGCCAUCUUGCUGUGUUUAAUUAAAACCCUGUGGUCCUACUUCCAAGUGCCUUUGCGUCUUCCACCACUGGCAGGACUCCUCCCCGCCCAUUGUAACCUGUCUGAUGGCACAGCUGCCAGCUGCUGCCACCUGUGCGUGAAGACACCUGGCCAGGCCACUGCCUUCAGCCUGCUUCUCACUGUGACCAAGGGAGAAGUUCAGAAGUUAAAAGGUUGA